AUGGCCUCAUACCUCUCGUAUUUCACAUCCAACAAUGCGUCCAGCGCCCCUCCUUCCUCACAUGGCGGAACGCCUCAACCUGCAGGCUCAACUUGGUCGAGCACAUUCUCAUCUCGCAUAGCUACUCUUCGAAAGGCUUUGACAAAAGACUCCGAGGAUGACGACCCAGAAAAUGAGGACUGCUCCCACAUUUCAAACGUGUUGCGCGCCUAUUAUACUGAGAAACAGAGACCGUUUCCUGAAUGGCUUCCUCCGGAUCCAAAACGGCCAGUUGCUCCUCCUCCCCAACCACAAGGGUCGUACGGCCAGUAUGGCAGUGCAUAUGGGGCUGGAUAUGGAGCUCAGAAUACACAUUCAAGAGGCCCCUCCGGCGGACGGGGAGGAGGUUUGUCCGACCUGUGGGAUCCCGCCCCUACUGUGAGCGCACCAGCUCCUCAGAGUCUUCGAGUAGCUCGACCUACGCCUCAAUCUCUCCGGUCGAAUGAUUCCUUACGAUCACAGUCUCAAUCAAGUGGCAGCGGACAAGCGAGCCCUUACGCUGGCCCCAUGAGUGGGGCUCGACCGCUCCCGAGUCAGCGGGCAGGAAGUUAUCAAACUGCGAAUCCAGCAGCAACCCAGGCGAGCGGUCUAGGAUCACGUGAUCGCCUUCGUGCACGAUUGCAAGGCGGCGGAAGUGGCAGGAGCAGUCCGUCAGCAGGCUUGAAUAGCGGGGGUAGCGGCACUCAGGGGUCCUACGGAGGUCCUGGUGGGAACUUUGGUAAUCAAAAUCGAGGCGGCACAUCACAGCCUUACGUUUCAGCAUCUGAACCUUGGUCCACCAGUGACCCAUAUGCUUUCAGCGGCACCUACGACGAUGGGGGUCUCUCUAACACGAAUCAGUUUGGUAAUCAAGGCCACCGACAGCGCCCGGGAGGACCAAGGUGA